AUGCACGACUCGCCAUCGCAAAUCACACCUGCGACCACACCCACGCCCUCAUCACUAUUAUCGGGCUCUGGAAAUAGGACUAUGGCCCCUGCGCAGAAAUUCAUCCAAGAAAAAGACUUGUUCUUAUCAAAUUUGAACUCAUACGUUGCCGUCGGCGUCCUGAGAAAACGCAACGAACCUCACAAUGGCGAUGCCGACCCUUGGACGGACGACGACAACUACCCGGGGGCACAGAUUGCAAUGCUGAAAAAAAGCAAUUGGGUGCGAACAUGCGACUAUACAUAUGUGAAGCAUCCGCAAUGGUCCUAUGUCCGUGUCUAUGUCCUGCCGGACGAUGCUGGGCACAAGUACAUUGACCGUUCAAGCAAGACAUUGAGGGAGGCACUUAAAGUUGUCAUGUCGAAAAUCAAUAGGUCCGUCGAUGCAUGGGAUGGGAUCUUCUUUUCGGAUGAGCAAAUUACCGAUGGCAAUCCGAACGAUACUGGAACCGAGGACGAGUCACUGUGGUACAUAUUCAACACACUGCGAAAUCCCGAGCCGGAGGUUGAAGCCGUGAAAGACCCUCACGCGAGGCUGGCCAUGCGGCAAUUACUUUUUGCGGAGGAUGCUGAUAACACAGAACUCGAUGCUGGUGUCGCAGGGCUCAAAACACCGUUGUACCCAUACCAGCGUCGUUCAGCGGCUUUUAUGGUUCAACGUGAAGCGCAGCCAGCCCAGAUGCUGGACCCUCGUCUGCAGAUGUUCAAGGGUCCCAAUGGACGCGAAUACUACUACGACGAAGAAGAAGGAACGAUCUACAAAGAAAAGAAGCUGUAUUCAGAGGCUUGUGGGGGCAUUCUAGCGGAGACUAUGGGGUGUGGUAAGACAUUGAUCUGCCUGGCUGUCAUCCUGUCAACACGCUGUCAUGUCCCUGCCAUACCGCCUCUGUAUCGGGAAGGGGAAGUCAAACGUGAAAAAUGUGCGAGUCUUGUCGAGAUGGCGGCGAGAGCUGCUGGCCAGUCUUCGAUGCCAUGGAAGAGCUAUUUUGAUCGCCUCGGCCGUUCUGGAAUGACCUUUGCGAGGUGCAUCAAAGCUUGCGAGGAUAAUAGAGGCGCGUAUAAGAUACCUUCACCACCUACACGGCACAGUGGUCGCUCUGGCGUCGCAUAUCCCAGGCCACCUCCUCACCUUGUGCGGCUUACUUCGGGGACAUUGAUUGUUGUACCUCCCAACUUGGUUGACCACUGGGAAGAACAAAUUGCUCGGCACAGUCAAGGGCUUAAAGUUCUCGUCUUAAGAAACAUGUCGAACGCUACUCCCAAUUCAGAUGACCUCUUGCAGUAUGACAUUAUUUUGUUUUCAAGAUGGCGUUUCGACCAGGAGGCCGGCGAGGCAGUCAACAACAGACGCGGCGUCUUCAACACAGUGGAUUCCCCGUUGUUUAGCCUUCAUUGGCUUCGUAUCAUCAUCGACGAAGGCCACAACGUAGCCGGAUCUAGCCAAACUUCCAGAACGAGGUAUCUUCUGGACAAGUUGCAUAUUGAACGCCGUUGGAUUGUGUCUGGAACACCGUCCAGCGGACUUUAUGGAGUGGAGGUGAGCUUGGCUUCACACGAAACGAAUAAUAGCAGCGACACCGAUCUAUCAGAGGCUACAGAAGCUGUCCUUCAAGGCAAGAGGAAGACAGAGGCGAGAGAUGACCAAGAUCUCAGGAAGUUGAAACCGAUAGUGGUCAGCUUUUUUGAUCUGAAGCCAUGGUCGAACCCUCAGGCCAAUGACCAUGCCGAGUGGGCCAGGUACAUGAGACUCGUAGGGAAGGAUGGGAAACGUCGAAAAGUGCAGUCUCUUCGCGCCACGCUUCAGAGCCUCGUCGUACGGCAUCGCAUGGAAGUGAUUCAUAGCGAGACUACUCUGCCAAAGCUUUACAACAAGGUUGUUUAUUUGGAGCCAACGUUUUACGACAAGUUAAACCUGAACUUGUUUGUCUUCGUUUUGGCAGUCAACGCAAUAACCUCAGAACGGGAAGGCGAUGACUACAUGUUUCAUGCGAAAAACAAGAAGCACUUGAGGACUCUGAUCAACAAUCUCCGGCAGGCUGGGUUUUGGUGGGCCGGCUCGAAUCUGGAUCUUUCGGCGACCGUGAAGAAUGCUCUGGAAUACCUGGAGAAAAAGAGAGCUCAUAUGGGACAGGAUGAUAUCACAACAUUGACUGAGGGAAUAGAGAUAGCCGAAAAGGCAUUCUCCAGCGGAGCUUGGAAUGCUUUUAGGCAUCUAAAUGAACUAGGUGUCUACAUUCGCGAUUUCCCUUCUCAUGCUCGAGCUUUGUGGGCACUUGACCCUUCGAAGUCAGACACUGAGCCCCUUCAUAUGGGAAUUUACCAGGCUUGUCGCGCGCAGCAGUUUGUCAAAGAACACCUGAAAUCGGUUGACCCAGCCGAAGGCCUUGCUGGAGCGGGCAUCAAAGCCCGCCGUGAGCAAGCGGAGGCAGCAGAGAAGCAAGGCCCUGAGUUAGGCUUUGCAACUUUCCCAAAGUCGAAGAAGGCACCGAAGAAGUCAUUCUCUAAAGGUCUUACGAAGUCACUGCCAGCGGAUUCUCCCCUGGCACAGACCAAGUUGCUUGGUACAACGUCGGCUAAGCUGUCGUAUCUACUUAGUCGGGUUAUGGAGUUGCACGCUGAGGAGAAGAUUAUCAUCUUCUAUGACAGCACAAAUUCGGGCGUUUGGAUUGCUGAAGGUCUUGAUCUGCUCGGCAUUGAAUACCGCAUGUAUGCGAGUACGCUUAGUCCCGAGCUCCGUACAAGUUACUUGAACCUGUUCCGAGAGAGCGAAGAGAUCCGAGUAUUCUUGAUGGACCUGCAUCAAGCAUCUCACGGGCUCCAUAUCGCCAAUGCGUCCCGUGUUUUCUUCGUCAACCCCAUCUGGCAGCCGAAUGUGGAGAGCCAGGCCAUCAAACGAGCACAUCGAAUCGGACAAACUCGGCCUGUAUAUGUUGAGACUCUUGUCCUCAAAGACACAUUGGAGGAUAAGAUGUUAAAGCGCCGAAAGGCAAUGUCAGAGAAGGAGAUGCAAGAAGCCGAGAAAGAUCUGCUUGACGACAGCACGAUGAGCUCUAUUAUCCAGAACGAACGAUUCAUCCCAAUGCCCGAAAACGAGGAUUCAGUCCAUGUCGCAUAUCUCUCUUCACCAUCAGGCUUUUUUGAUCGCCAUAAACUGGCGAUUCCUGACGACGAAGGCGAUACGGAAAAAUCUCCUCCGAAGCGCAAACGUCCGUCGUCUAACAGCAAGACCCUUUUGGACGGCGAACCAGACAUCAUCACACCUAAGAAGCGAAAAGUUUCGACCGGUUUGGUGUUUCUUUCUCCGGGGGGUAUCUUGAUGACGCCCAGUAGAAAUUCACGAUCCAAAACACCUUCAGUCACCGGUAUCGACCAGGAAAAAGGCGGAAGCCGUGCAAUAUCUGAGGCACAAAACGGUGUUCAACAGAGCCCUGGGUCCAUAUUUGGGCCUUAG